ACGCGUACGGAACAGGCCAAUCAGAGCAGCGUUUGUUAGGGCGCGGUUAACUAGAAACCCACUUUUACUGGGAUUCAAAAUCGAAUAAAUAGCCAGUGAAUUGUUUGUGAAAAUCAUUAUCACUUCUUAUCAUCAAGCUGUAAACAAGCUCAUACAAGUUAGAAGGUUGUUUUCAUUUCAACUAAAAUCAUCGUUCGCUCUUUAGACUGAGAAUGGCGCAGUUUUGCUUGAUAUUAGCAGUAGUUUUUUUGACACGGCUAACCACUGUACUAAAUACCCCGAUCUCGGCCACAUUCGGACCGACACAGAUAGCUGACAUCACAGCAUUGGUCAGCGAAGCAGGAGAUGAUUUCGACUUGACCACUCCGAGAUCAGCGAUCUUGACUGCUGUCUCCGAAGACGAUUCUGAUGAUGACGAUGGCGGUGAAUCGGUUGAAGAUACGACGACACUGCAAACAACAACAACAACACCAACAUCUGAAGAUGUGGUUUCGGGCAUAGUCGUCGACGAGGAUAUUGACGAGUCAAAAGUCGUAAUAUUGAAGGCCAAUCUUGAGCAGUUCGGUUACGUCCCACUCGGUUCAACCUUUGGCGAGGCAAACAUCAACUACACAUCCGCCAUCUUGGAAUAUCAACAACAUGGCGGUAUAAACCAAACAGGUAUAUUGGAUGCUGAAACAGCUGAGCUCCUCGAUACCCCUCGAUGUGGUGUUCCCGAUAUCCUACCCUACGUCACAGGUGGCAUCGCGUGGCCACGUAACGUAGCUGUGACGUAUAGCUUCGGUACACUCACCAAUGAUCUCAAUCAAAACGCGAUCAAGAACGAGCUAAGGAGAGCCUUUCAGGUUUGGGACGAUGUAUCCGGUUUGACCUUUCGUGAGGUCGUCGAUAGUUCAUCUGUCGAUAUCCGUAUCAAGUUCGGGAGCUAUGAACACGGUGACGGCAUCUCUUUCGAUGGCCAAGGCGGCGUCCUCGCCCACGCCUUCCUACCUCGUAACGGUGACGCUCAUUUCGACGACUCCGAGACUUGGACAAUCGGGACAAACUUUGGUACGAACUUGUUCCAGGUUGCAGCUCAUGAGUUCGGUCACAGUCUUGGUCUCUACCACUCGGAUGUACAGGCAGCUCUUAUGUACCCCUAUUAUCGGGGUUAUAAUCCCAACUUCAAUCUUGAUCGUGAUGACAUUGCUGGUAUCACGUCGCUUUAUGGAAGAAACACUGGCACAACCACAACAACAAGGCGACCCACAAUCACCCGUACUACCACACGCCGUACAACCACACGCCGUACCACCACACGCCGUACAACUACACAACCUACCACCACACAGACUACCACAAUAAGACCUCCUACGUCCCCUACCCCACCCCGCCAGGCCUGCACGGGAUCCUUCGAUGCAGUCAUCAAAGAUUAUAGUGGUAGAAUAUACGCAUUGGCCGGGCGUUACUACUGGCGUCUAGACCAGGCUUCACCUUCAUGGGGGGUAGUUCGUAACAGAUUUGGAUUUGAUCUGCCAGAGAACGUGGAUGCCAGUUUCCAAAAUGGGAUCUUUUCAUAUUUCUUCAGCGAAUGUUAUUACUACUACCAGACCUCGACCCAACGCAGAUUCUCAAGGAUACCAAUCAACAGGAGAUGGGUUGGUUUACCAUGCGACAUCGAUGCAGCAUAUAAAUCUAGUGACACUGGUCCAACUUUUUUCUUCAAAGGUGGGUUUGUCUACAAAUUUAGCAGCACAAAUCGGCUCCAAAGGAGGACUCGCAUAUCCACUUUUUUCAGGAAUACACCUUACGCCCUCCGCGAUGGAGUUGAAGCAGUGGUACGCGUCGACGAUGUUUACCUGCAUUUUUACCGAGAUGGUCGAUACUACAGGAUGAGAGACUCCACUAAGCAGUUUGUCAACUUCCCCAAUGGUUUGUCAUAUCGUAACGUCAUUGAUACGCUCAUUCCACAGUGUCGCAGUCUGAAUCUGAGCGUAGAAAUCGAGAGUUGCUCGAAUUCCUCGGAAUGAAAUGACAUUUUUUUUAGGGACUUUCCCUUUAUCAACGAGCGGUAAUGACCCCAGCGAAGAAUAGUAACUAAAAGUGUUAAGAUGGAAAGUUUAAAUAUGGGUAAUUUUCAUUGCUUACUUACUAUUUUGUAUAAGACCUCUAUGCGCCAAUGUACUUUCAUAAAUAUAAGCAAUAUACCAUGUAUCCAAUAUCUAUAAUAAUAUAUGUUACAGCUGAAGCAUAGUUCAUUAUGAUUUCAGCCCAGAAAAUUGUAAUUCAUAACAAAGUUGAAAGAGUGGUACUUUGUUUCAAAGCACUCGCACUGACCGAAUGAAAUGUCAGUUGAGCAUAACUUUUAAGAAAAUAUUUGUAUAGAUCCUUUUUUUUAAACGAAUGUGUGUAUUUAUUACGCAAAUCUUUCUUAGUGCUUAUUGCUCUUAAAUGCUUUCAACUAUGUUUACACAUAGCCUCUCUACGAAUUAAUUUCACCUCACGUCGUAUUUGUUCACCUCAUAAUAUCGCUGUAAUCAUCAGUUGCAUUUAUCUUGCGCCAUUGUCCUCGAAUGUUAUAACUCUUAUUUAUUUAUAUGUUUAGAUUUUAAUUUGGAUAUUAAUUUAUGAAUCUGAUUAAUGAGAUGAAAAAACCCAUCAAGUUUUAGGUGAACCUUACUAAAUACCCACAGGUGCUGGUUAUCUAUAUUGUUUUCAUCUAUUACAAGUGGGUUUCUAUAUUAUCUCUCUGUAAAUAAAACUAAUUAUUCAAUUGAAGUCA